AUGGCAAGUGUAGCAACGGUGGGAGUAGAAAUUUGUAAGGUAGCUGCAACAACUUUGGUAGGACUGGAAACCCUGGGCAUAAUAGGAGGUGGAUGUGAAGUCAUGCGUUAUGCAUGGCCCAAGAUGAAGGUAACAUUCUCCAUUGAAGUGGAUGGCCGUGGUACACUAAUGGCCAAGCGAUCCUCCAUUUUGAACGACAACCACAAUCCAGGAGCAACUCAAGCGGAGGUGGAAGCGUACUUUCGUCGCUAUCUUGGUGUCAACAAUUUUAUCUGGUUGGAUGGUACGGCUGGAUUGGAUAUCACGGACGAUCAUAUUGAUGGAACUGCACGAUUCGCCAAUGGCGACACCAUCGUGACUCUCAAAAAGCAAGAUUUCAUUGUUCCAACCGAGUACGAUAUCUUGACUCGAGCAACCAACGCGGAUGGUAAACCUUACAAGAUUGUCCAUUUGCCGCUAACUGCCAAAGAGAUUCCUAGCAUUGGAGAACAUGGAUUAUACAUAAACUACUACGCGGGCAAUUCCAAUCUUUCAAGAUGCCAAUGA